GUGGAGAAAAGACCAAGUACAGUUCGAAAAGUGCUGAAGAUCCAUGCCAAGUUGAGGUAUAUGAGGUAUAAUUCGCUGUAUCGGCGAUUCGUCGCCAUCUCACUUCCAGAAUGGCGUCGGCAGCUCAAGCAGAUACAAGUGCAGAUACGAAGUCAGGGAUGAGCGAAGAGAACGGGGAGAUCGAAAACAAACGGCCGAUGUUUGGAAAUCGUCUCCUGGUGGAUCCUAAUCAAGUUUUCAGUCACAAUGCAUGGGACAACAUAGCUUGGAGUGAUGAACAAAUUGAGAGAGCUCAAGCAAAAGUCAUGGAAAUCUCAUCAGAGGUGUUGGAUAGUGAUUCUCAGAGAUGCUAUGAAGAUGAGGCUGAUAAGUUUUGGGAUAAGUUUUAUGGAGUCCACCAAAAUAGAUUCUUUAAGGACAGGAACUGGUUAUUCACUGAAUUCCCAGAAUUAGAAGUACAUUCUGCACUUGUGGGCCAGCAAGAGCUGAUGGAAAGCUCAUAUGAAGGGUGUGUGAGCCGAAGACAAAUCCUUGAAGUUGGGUGUGGAGUGGGGAAUACCGUAUUUCCACUUCUGUCCACCCUCCCAGAUGAUGAUCUUUUUGUUUACUGCUGUGAUUUCUCACCAGUGGCUGUGAACCUUGUCAAAGAAAAUCCUGCUUAUGAUACGAAGAGGUGCCAUGCAUUUGUAUGUGAUGUAUCUGAUCCUGAUGCUGAGGUUCCUUUCCCUGAGGGCAGCAUAGACAUCAUAACACUUGUCUUCACCAUGUCUGCAAUUCAUCCAGAUAACAAUUAUGUUUUCCGAUCCUUCAAGGAAUUGAGGAAUCAUGUCCGCAAGGAACAUGAGCUCUUCUACUGUGACCUCUGUGUUGAUAAUGUCAAGAAUGGAGCAGAGUGGCAUCUGCUGGAGCCCAAGGGAGAAGCAGGUAGUGCCCAAAAGCAGUCGGGAGAACACCGCCUGCCGUCAGUUGGAUUCGAACCUGGACCUCCCGCGUGCUCCAGGCGCCCCGCCGUGGCUCUGCGGAUUUUCACUUUCGAGCGAAAGGGCUAUUCGCGCUCUGAUCUGGCUCGACACAGGCGAACAGGUGACCCAGAUGACAAGUCGCACAAGGGACACCCAUUGUGUGAAUUCUGUGAUGUGCGUUUCAUGGACAACGAUGACCUCUACCGACACCUGCGGAAAGACCACUACUUCUGCCAUUUUUGUGAUGCCGAUGGAGUUCACAAUAUUUUUUACAGCGAUUAUGAGCAGCUGAGGAAGCACUUCAGGUCAGAUCACUUUCUAUGUGAGGAGGGAACCUGCUAUCAAGAGAAGUUCACUUGUGCCUUUCGAUCCGAAAUCGAUCUUAAAGCCCACAAGGCACAGAGACAUAUCCAGAGCUUAGGGAAGGCAGAAGCAAGGCAGGCAAGGACACUAGAACUGGAAUUCAGCAUUGGGUCCAGGGGUAGGGGGAGACCUCGCCCUGGGCAGUCGCCUUCCUCUGCUACUCCUUCUACUGUUCCUCCCUUCUCAAGCAUGUCAAAUGUGACAGUGACAUCAAGUACCAUCAUGUCACCUGCCAAGGGCCCUCAACCAUUGUUCUCAUUGGAGCAGCCCAUCAUCAACACUCAAUCUUCAGAAGAGUUUCCAUCCCUUGGUCCCAGUGGAAAGUCUGUCUCAUCAGCAGAUGGAUCUGCUGACAUCCCUCCUUCGAUGGACACUCUGGCUCAGCGUCUGGCCAAACAGAAUCGUUUCACUACUCGCUCUACUUAUUCUAAACCUACACACAACAUCAUGGAAGAUGAGGAAGAAUUCCCAUCUUUGGGUGCAACCCUGCGAGAACCUGGAAAUCAGACCAACAUUGUUGUUACUAGUGGAUCUGACACUGGACUCACUGGUGACUGGAACACAGUGAGGGUGCGGAUCAAUAGUCAGGAUUCUUUGCAUCCCACUACUUGCAAGUCUCAAGGCAGGACCAACAACAUCUCAUUUGAACUGAACCGUCGGUGGCCCAGUCCAAGUGAAUCAGUGCAGGGUUCAGUAGGUGGUGGUGCAAUACCUAAGAAACGUCCCCAGGCAAGAAUCACCUGCAUUUCCAGCAGUGAGAACAUAACAGUUCACCCUCCAAAGGACAAUCCCCCUGUGAUCAAGACAGACCCAGUCUCCUUGUCUAGCAUCAGCAGCAGUCUCUUAUCUUGUCCUAAACAGGACUCAGCCCUGGUGACCUCAAAAGAUGAGUUUCCUUCGUUGACCCAAGUGGUAAAACCAGAAAAACUCUUACCAAGUCAUAGAAGGCCUCAGAAAAAUGGACUUCAUGGACAGAGUGUGCAGAGGUCAGAAGAAGCUGAAUUGGAAUGGGAGAGCUCCCGAUCCCUGAAGGGGGGAGGGAAGAACAAAAAAGGCAAGAACAAGGAUGAGGCAAAGCAAAAUGGCCUGGAAUUCAACCUCAAGUCCUUGAAUGUGGAGCCUGUGGAAGAAAAGAAGGGCACACGAGCCCCACCUGGUUUUUCAGGUGUUCCUGAACGCCGUAGCCCACCACCAGGCUUUACUGUACCACUAAACCUGGCAAACUCUAUCCGAAAUCCAUUUGGAGACAUCCCCUCUCCCACUGAGAUGACCUUCACCAACAGCUCAGGAGAAUCUUAUUCCCUGGCCAAGUAUGUUCCACCAAAAGAUUUUGGCAUCCGCAAUCAGGAGUUGCUGACCAAGAUCCUCGUGAUACUAGGUGGAGACUUGGAAAAAUUGGAUCUUUUUAAGAAGAUGUCAUCUGACUUCCGCACUGGAUGCUUGGAUGCACUUGAAUACCAUACACAAUGUUCCAACUUGUUUGGAGAUUCAUUCCAGGAAUCUGUGUUUCCAGAACUGGUGUGCCUUCUACCAGACACAGGGAAGCAGCAGGAAUUGGUUCAAAUAGCAUGUCUCCUGUCUUCAGCAAAAGACUUGAAAGUCUGGCUGAAGGACAAAGGUUUGGUCAUGUGUGACCAAGACACAUGUAAGCAGGUGGUACAGUGGCAUGAGCUUGGUGACCAUGUCUCCAGCCAUGUGUUCAUUGCUGGUUUCCCAGCCCUCCCAAAGCCUGGCAGUUGGUGCAGUGAAAUCUUGUGAUUUCUCAUGCUAGUCCUGAACUGCUUCACUGACACCUGGUGCUGCUAUUUCUGAAAAAAAAAAAUAGAGAAAGAGAUAUUGUCUAUUGUGUGUCAUGUGCCUUCAUAUGUUAUGUGAGUUUGGUCUCUUCUCUUACCACCAGUCUCUUUUCUUUGUACCUCUUUCCAAGGUUAUGAGCUGGUCAUCUUUGAUUCCACUUUCAGUUAUCAUGAAACAAUACCUAACACAGAAAUUCAUAGGAGUUUAUUACAUUUUGUUUUGCCAUUGAGGAAAUCACUGCCUUUAGUAAGUGGGGAAGAUUGGUCAUAUCUUUUAUCCAGCUUUGAAUUACAGUACCUCUAAGAGGCCUCUCCAAGAUAUUUGCUUCAUACAUGACUUUUUCUUGUUCAUUCUAUGAAGUUUGGUGUUCAUUCCUGGGCUUAACAUCCAUGUACAGGUUUUGUUGGAUGCUUUCUUCUCUUGUUGCUCAAGAAGCUAUUCUUGUAUGUCCCAUGCAUGCCUUGAUUGUCCUCUUUGAUCAUUAGGUCUUUUGAUGACGGAAUGAAAGGUGCUGGGCUUUGUUCAGAGUCUGAA